UUGGUCCAUGUGUUAUAAUAAUGAAUGAAUCUGUCCGGGUCAGUGGCGGCGGCAGCACAUGCGGCAGUGUUCCGGCGACCGGCUUCGUGCGCGCACGCAACAUGACGACCCGCACGUACACGCGGCAGGAGCUGGAGGCGCGCAACCACAAGGAGGACGCCGCCUUCGUGAUAGACAAUGUGGUGUACGACGUGACGAGGUUCCUGGAGGAGCAUCCGGGCGGGCCGGAGGUGUUGCUGGACAACGCGGGCCGCGACGCGUCGCAGUGCUUCCACGACGUCGGCCACAGUGAGGACGCGCGCGACUGGAUGAAGAAGUUCGUGGUCGGGGAGGUGGUGGAGGCGGACCGGCGCGAGGUGCGUGUGCGCGAGCAGGGCUGGGGCGGCGGGGCCAGUCCGCUGACGCUGGCGGGCGCGCUGGCCGCCGCCGGCCCGCCGCUCGCGCUCGCCGUGCUCGCGUGGUGGCUCCACGGGUAUCUCUUCGACUAGGCGCCCUCACUCGUCCCUUCUGGCCACCUCGCAGUGAACAGACACACCAGCAGUACAAAAUCUCUCCUGCUGCCGUCAGUGACUCAUCAUAGUUACACUGUGCGCCCAUUCCUAUGAUUGUGUUUUGAGCUACUACGAUGGUUCUUACUUGAUACUCUGCUACGAUCCAUGUUAUUAGUUAUAUUAUAACCAUAUUUGCUGGAAGCAUGGUGGAAGCAUCUCUAGCUCAUGUUGAUAGUUGAAUUUUAUAUUAUCUUUUAGAAAAUAUGUAGAGCAUUCCUAUAGUGCGAGAUGUCGACUCUACGUGCCAUUUAAACUUUUAAUGAUUUUAAACCAAAGACGUAAUAAGUAAUAAAAUAAAAUAUGCACACGAAUUAACAACCUGUUCCGCUUUUAGAAGUGUUUAGAAUCAACGGAUCGACCGGCAUUUAAACAAAAAUAUUAUAUUUUUCUGUUGCGCUUUCUCCGUGCGUCCGUGUGACACUAUUUGAAGUAUACCUAUCAUGAGAACUCUUGCUUUUAGAUUUGAACUCGCAUUUUUUAAUUCCUCUUUUCUCCUGCAAGCGUGGUUCCGUGCGCACAAGACCUUCUCAUAGCAGGUAGGUCCCCUGUGUGGGUGCUCUCUAUACAUUAGUACUUAAACUCUUAUCUAUAAGUACCUCGUGCUAUGGAAAAAGGUUGUGUUUCUCAUUCAUAAGUUAUUAAUAGGUUGAUUGUUGUUUUAAAUAUACAUUCGUAUAAUAA